UGUGUGUGUGUACUGACUGUGUGUACUGACCGUGCUAACUGGUUCAGGUGCAGCUCAUUAGGACUGCAGUCACAGGAGAGUGACACCUCCCGCCACUACGACAGGCUCCUCUCUUCCCAUUCCAACAUCAGACCGCUGUGCAGCUAUGAGGGCGUUUGUAAGCCGGAGACAAGCCAGGGAGCUUCUGCACAACAAGUUUGUGGUGGUUCUUGGUGGAUCAGUGCAGCGCUCCAUGUACAAAGACCUGGUUCUGCUGCUUCAGAGGGAUCAGUACUUGACUCUGUCUCAGCUUAAGUCCAAAGGGGAGUUUUCCUUUGAGCAGGAUGUCCUGGUGGAGGGAGGCCGAUUAGGUCUCUUGACUAACGGCACCGAGUACAGAGAGGUCCGACAGUACUGCUCCAACCACCACCUGCUGCGUUUCUACUUCCUGACGCGGAUCUACUCACCGUACAUGGAGAGCAUCCUGGAAGACUUCAGGAAAGGACUUGAACCUGAUGUCAUUAUCGUCAGCUCCUGUGUUUGGGACAUCACCAGGUAUGGCCUGGGGGGUCUCCAACAGUACAAAGAGAACCUUCACAAGUUCUUUGGCCAGAUUAAAACCAUUGUUCGCCAUGACUGUCUCAUCCUGUGGAGUCUGGCCAUGCCGCUUGGCAAGAAGAUCAAGGGUGGAUUCUUGGUGCCUGAAGUGAGCCACUUGGGCCCCUCGCUGUGUUAUGACAUCAUUGAGGCCAACUUCUACAGCGGUCGGUUGGCAGAGGCCUACGGCUUGGACGUCCUCGACCUCCACUUCCACUUCCGCCUCAGCCUGCAGCACCGCAUGCCCGACGGCGUCCACUGGGACGCACUGGCCCAUCGACACAUCAGCAGCCUGCUGCUGCAGCACAUCGCUGACGCCUGGGGAGUUGACCUGCAGGACCCCCCUCCCCCCCAGGACAAGGGUGGCAGAGAGGAGUUUGGACACCACUAUAUCAGACCCGAGUGGCCCCGUCCGAGGCCCCGGCUGAACUCAGUACCCCUCCAGAGACAUGGCCUGGUCCGAUACCAGCAGAGUCACUUCAGGUCAGAAGGAUUACAGCUGGUCCCUCCAAAUUCAGACAGGGCAGUGAACAUCAGACCCCUGCUGCUGCCAACACAGCUUGCCAAUCAGCCUGCACAGCCUGCUGAUGACCACUAUGGAGCUGUAGAUUUACCCAUGCAGCGCCCUCUCUAUUGGCAGCAGAGUUCAGCCACUGUUGGAGUUGGUCAGUGUCACCUCCCGGUGCAGAGUCAUGCUCCUCUUGCUGCUCGAAACUGGACUGUCUACAGACAGUAUUAUAAGCCUUUGCCACCAGCCAACCUUUGGCCAAGGCAGCACGUUCACCGUCCAAUCAGAGCCACCUGCUCGCUGAUAGACUCCAGGUUCGGUGCAGGUGGAGGUUUCAGUUUCCGUCCUCACGCAGAUGGUCCCUGUAUGAGGAGGAGGAGGCCUAACUUCAGGACUCACCCAUACCCCCCUCACCUUCCACCGGGGACACCCAGACACCCUGCAUGUGGAUGGCUCUAUCACAGUCUUCAGCUACAGACACAUCACGGAUAUGACAGGCGCCCGUGGUCCUGCCCACAGUGAGUCACAGCAGACUGACUCAGACCAAGCAGUGUGGAAACAGACUCAGAUCCCCAAGUAUGAGCUGCUGUUUUAUCAGCAGCUUCCCCAUUUAAAAGUCACCUUCUUCACCUCUUCUCAGCCUCGCCUCCUCUUCUCAGCCUCGUCUCACCUCAGGCUGAUGAAGCAGGACAGCAGAUCUACUGCUGGCUGAUAUCCAUCUAUGUUGGAGCGUGGGGGUUCAUACCCAUCUUCAAUUACGUCCCAUAAAUGUCAGGCUGCCUCUCGAGUCCCUGCCUUGGUUAGUGCUAGGCCUCGCGGGGGCAUCCGCUCUGACGUGAGAAGAAUCGGACCGACGCCAUUUCCAUACACAAGUGUGAGCGUUCAUUAAGUGUGUGUCUUAUCGAGAAGUGAGACGAUAAGCUGGCAGCAGACGGUCCUCCAAGGCGGAGCGUGAUGGAGCAAUUAAGAUGAUAGUCAAUUAGACCACGCUGCUAAUUGACUCAUGAUUAAAGCCAGAGCUGAUUAAUAAAGUGAAGGCAGCUCUCUUCUUCUUGGCCUUGAUAGGGAGGGGGUGUGAUAGAGAGCCUGUAUGUGGUGAUGCAUAGAAACAAACAGAAGAACAGCUGGACCCUUUUGUCACACUGUAUGCUGGAUAGCUUAGCACUUAGCAGUGUUCAAGUACAGCUGCCAAACUGCCUUUUUAAUUUGUGUUUUUUCAACAGUCUGUCUGUGUAACUAAAGAUGAAGUUCUUAAAGGGAAACAACUGCCCAAUUUUGAACUAGUUUGUAUUAUUACAGCAGGGGUCUCACAUUUAAAUUGUCUUGGGGCCUCUACUGGUAUUGUCAUCUCAUACGAGUUAAAGUACCACAAAAGAAUCACAUUCUAAUUCGAUUACUAACAUCAUACUUAACAAAAAAGUGCAAACAGCAGUUUCUUUACAUGUUUAUAUAAUUGAUAUUAUUUCAUCAUUGUUGUUAUAUAAUAAUUAUAUAGUAUAUAUAAUGGACAGAGGUUCCAGGUCUGCGAAGUGAAGCCAACACGGAAGUGUCUUAAAACUUGCAUUCUAUGUAAAGGCCAGCAGGGGGAGCUCCAUUGGCCGUAAUAAAAAACAAUACCAUGCAGUCUUAUGGAGAAAUGAGCUGACUUCUCACUUCAUUUAUGAGCUCAGUAAACAGUUUCCUAACAAA